UUUGGCGCGGAGUUUAAAUUUUCUAAAUCAGCUGGAUGAAGUAAACAGAUUAUUCAACCCUUUCAAUUUGUUCCAUCUACUUAAACUUUUAACUAGUGUCCGUUUUUUGGUUAAUUAUCUGCCAUGGCUGAAAAGCCGCCACCAGAAAACACUCAAAAUCCAAAUGCAAAUUCAAGUCCAGGGCGAGGCUGGAACGAUCCUCCACUUUUACCACCUUCAAAUACAAUGAGCCCCAGCACUGGAGCAAUCAAGAAGUCAGGUCUGAACCUUAAUAAAAGGGUCGCCUUCCCCUUGUCAGGGGGUGGCUCUCCUGCAAGCAGUAAGCCUGUUGUGAACUCUGCAGCUCCUCCCUUGAUGGUCGCACUUCCACCCAAGCUAAUCGAUACAAAUGGGACAAAUGCAGAGAGUUCAAAUAACAUCAUAUCAUCGCAGGACGAGCCUCCGGAUCUACAAGCAACACUUGAAAACUUUGAAAAAGUUCUUGAUUCUACUUCUAAAUUUGGAGCAAAAGUAAAUGUCCAGGUCGAGAUCCAGAACAUGAAGCUGAUGUGGGAGAAAGAGCAACUGAACGAUGAAAUCUGUAUGAAUAUUCAAAAGCUCUCAGAUGCCCUUUUGAAAAAAGACACGAAGGCAGCGCAAGACAUGCUGAGCAACAUUUCCAAAUCUCUGGUCGUCCGGCACGACACUGUGGAAUGGGCGAGUGCUCUUCGCUCCCUGGUCAACCACUUUGUGCUUUCGGCAGUCUACGGUGAGGCAACCAAUGAUAAUAACAAUUGAUCUUCUCCAUGACAUAUUUAUCAUCGAUGUUGUAUUUUUUUUUUAAAUCGUGCAAUAUCACAUUGUACUAUAGUGAGAUGUAUUCACCGUUUUCGUUCAAAUUUUAUAUUUUUGUUUGCAUCAUGCACUCUAUGUUGCUUAGGAAAUAAAAAGAUAAUAAGCAUCGAAUGCCAUUUAAAUGAAAACAAAUUUAAUUUAAUAAUCAAUCCGCAAAGACGUGCUGGAAAUAAUGAAACAAGAGCAAUUUUCAUUGGAUGAGAAAAUACAAGAUGAUUUUAUUGUUAUCAUGUAUUGAUAAUAUACUGCAAAUAUGUACAAUUUCCUCUUUUGAGCUCCACUGCACAAGCCGCGUCCUAUAUCAUAAUAUAAAACGCGUCGUACAGCAAAGUAACAAGCAAAAUAUCAAAGCAUGCUUGUCCGAAAUAUACUCGUCAAAUAUCAAUCAGUUUGGAAUAAGGGCAUGUAUGGUGUUAUACAGUGACAGGUGUUUCUUUCUUUCGUAACUUCCUCCCUCAUAUUUAUAUUGAACAAUUUUCUUCUCUUUUUGCACUAUUAAAAUGUAGUAUGUUGCAAUUUCCUCUUUUUCUUCAAGUGAGAAUUUAUUUGUUCGCAGAGUUCAUUUUAAGAAUAGAGUUUUUAUUAUUAAUAAUUAUUAUUCGAUAAACA